AAAACAGGUAUUUUCACACUCAGCUUCACAGAUCGCAGUCUCGCACCGCUACCUUUGAAAAUCAAGACAAACCCACACACACUAUAAAACUCGAAAGCUGUUGUCCAUUUGCUCUCUCGCUUUGGCGGCUCUCGAGAAUUUCGAAGAUUUUGCUCCUCACAGAAACCCUAAUUCUCUCUCAGCUCACACAAGCAUACAUAAAAUACAUCUUUUUUCAUAUUUGUAGAAAUUUUGGACCUGAGCUUGGUGAGGACGACAAUGGAGGGUCCGAUGGGGCAGAAGCUUAAGCAACAAGAGUUCGCUUUGGUCUCGGUCUCUGAGCUUUCUCCGUCGUCUUCAACUUCUCCGUCUAAGCCGGUGGUCGCUCGGUUCUGUGCCGAUUCCGGAAUCUCCGAGCUUCGAUUUCACAAGGAGCCUGAAUCUAUUGCUACCAGGAAUGUUGAUCUUCGAACUGCUCGGCUAUUCAAAUUGGGUCCUGUUCAAUCAGUUUGCAUAUCUGAAGGUUCUGAAGCCAGCAAGGAGACAUCAUACUCAAGGGGAAUCACUGUCCAAUUCAGAAAUGAGGAAGAGAGCAGAACCUUCCAUUCUGCCUUUGAGCAAUGGAAAAAGGAAGUUUCUCAAGGAAAACAAUUAUCAAAUGGAACAAUUUUGGAUACUAGAAGCAAAUUUGAUGAUAAAAUAGAGCCAUCUUCUGCUAAAAUGUAUUUCCAUUAUUAUGGACAGCUGUUGCAUCAGCAAAAUAUGUUACAGGAUUAUGUGAGGACAGGAACCUAUUAUGCUGCGGUUGUGGAGAACCGAACAGAUUUUAUCGGUCGUGUAGUGGUUGAUGUUGGUGCUGGUAGUGGUAUUUUAUCAUUAUUUGCUGCUCAGGCUGGUGCAAAGCAUGUUUAUGCUGUGGAAGCAUCUGAAAUGGCAGAAUAUGCACAAAAACUUAUUGCUGGGAACCCAUCACUGGGUCAACGGAUCACAGUAGUCAAAGGUAAAGUUGAGGAAGUUGAAUUGCCUGAGAAAGCAGAUAUUCUGAUAUCGGAGCCAAUGGGAACGUUGUUGGUUAAUGAAAGAAUGUUGGAGUCCUAUGUGAUUGCAAGAGAUCGGUUCCUUGUCCCAAAUGGGAAAAUGUUUCCUACAGUUGGAAGGAUACAUAUGGCACCUUUCAGCGAUGAAUAUUUAUUUAUUGAAAUUGCAAAUAAGGCCCUCUUUUGGCAACAACAGAAUUAUUAUGGUGUUGAUUUGACACCCCUACAUGGAUCUGCAUUCCAGGGAUACUUCUCUCAGCCAGUGGUAGAUGCUUUUGAUCCCAGAUUAUUGGUGGCCCCUCCAAUAUUUCACGGUAUAGACUUUAUGAAAAUUAAGGAAGAAGAGUUAUAUGAAAUUGAUAUUCCGUUGAGAUUCACCUCCUCUGUGGGUGCUAGAGUGCAUGGGUUGGCUUGCUGGUUUGAUGUAUUGUUUAAUGGGAGUACUGUACAAAGGUGGCUUAGCACUGCCCCUGGCGCACCAACAACGCACUGGUACCAAUUACGUUGUGUUCUCUCUCAGCCAAUUUAUGUCAUGGCAGGACAAGAAAUUACUGGAAGACUCCAUAUGAUUGCCCACAAUGCUCAGAGUUAUACGAUAUAUCUGACAUUGUCAGCUAAAAUGUGGGGACCUGGUGCUGAACAAGGAGGAAUACUUCAGACCUCAUCAUGCAAACUUGAUCUCAAGGAGCCCUACUACAGAAUGUCUCAACCACAAGCAUAUCCGAUAGUCCAGGAUCAACAAUCACAUCAACUAAUAAGCACACAGGAUAUACCUAUUCAGUCGCACGAUUUAGAAGAACCUGAGUUAAUGCAGCAACCAUCGCCAAAUUCAGGAACUCAUCUAAAUAUAAUGGAAAAUGUUUAAAUCCAGAGGUUUCCUGGGAACACGUUUUUAACAUGCCCAUCUGUUUGUAACAUAAACCUGGUUUCCCUAGCAUUGCAAGGGAUAGGCAUCGGCCAACAAA